GAGUGGUUAGUGGUUAGUGGCACAGCCGUGGUUAUGUUAUGUUAUUGUUUCUUCAGUUUCUUGUUUCUUCGACAAGAUCAGCAGCAGGAGCAGGAGGGCUGGAUGUUUGCUGGAUGACUUUAUUGUGAAAUUUGAAAUUUUUUGAUGCUGAUUUGGACUUCUCUAUAACGUGGACAUAUCAUACCUGGUAAUUAGGCAACGUGAAAUGAAAAGGAAUUGUGAGAACCAGAAUCACAAUGUUCAGAUUUUUAAGUGGACGGAAACCCAGAAAUUCAUCUUCAAAUAACACUAGGGAUGCAAAAUCCAAAAAUGUAACUAAUAAAAAUGUGAUACAGUGCAGGGUAAUAUUAUUGGAUGGAACUGACUUGCCAGUUGAAUUAUCAAAAAAGGCAAAAGCCCGUGAUCUGUAUGAACAAGUAUUCUAUUCACUGGAUCUCAUCGAAAAAGACUAUUUUGGAUUACAAUUCACAGAUGCUAACCACGUGAAACAUUGGUUGGACCCAACAAAAUCUAUAAAGAAACAAAUCAAAAUUGGACCGCCUUACACGCUCAGGCUCAAAGUCAAAUUUUAUUCAUCAGAACCGAACAAUCUCAGGGAAGAAUUAACCAGGUAUCAGUUCUUCUUGCAACUGAAACAGGAUAUUCUGGAGGGAAAACUAGAAUGUCCAUAUGAAACAGCUGUAAAAUUAGCUGCUUUAGCAUUACAAUCUGAACUCGGUGACUUUGAAGAAUCCCAGCAUACUCCAGCAGCGGUAUCAGAGUUUCGGUUUGUACCAAACCAAACUGAAGAGAUGGAAGUAGAUAUUUUGGAAGAAUUCAAAAAAUGCAAGGGUCUUUCUCCAGCUCUGGCUGAACAGAGUUAUUUGAAUGAAGUGAAGUGGUUGGAAAUGUAUGGAGUUGACAUGCAUAUUGUAUUGGGUAAGGAUAGCAUGGAAUAUAGGUUAGGUCUCACUCCAACAGGUAUAUUGGUGUUUGAGGAACCUAAUCAAAAAAUUGGUUUAUUCUUUUGGCCAAAAAUAGGCAAACUGAACUUCAAAAAGAAGAAGUUGACGUUGGUAGUGGUCGAAGACGACGAUCAAGGUAGAGAACAAGAACAUACAUUUGUUUUCAGAUUGCAUAAUGAGAAGGCUUGCAAACAUCUUUGGAAGUGUGCUGUAGAACAUCAUGGGUUUUUCCGCCUUAGGGCUCCUGUCAAGGGUCCAACUGCUAGACAGAACUUCUUCAGGAUGGGUUCUAGGUUCAGAUAUUCUGGGAGAACUGAAUAUCAGAGCACAUAUCAAAAUCGAGCUCGGAGAACUGUACAACUUGAAAGAAAACCAAGUCAAAGAUAUGGAAGAAGACAGAGCCAUGUAUUGAGAGAGCGAGAGAAAGAUGGGGAUAAUCAACAUGGCACCAAUAAAAACAAUGAAAAGUCUACAACUCCACUUGAACCAAUUUAUUGCACUGUCAAAGAUGACUUGAUGGCAAUUCAUACUCCAACAGCUUCUUCCAUUACUCCAACGACACCAACAGGACCGGAAUCCAUAGGCAUUGUGAGUCAAAGCAGUUUUGGAAAAGCAUCCGUCGGACAGAAUAGCUUUGGAAAAGCUUCUGUCGGACAGAGCAGCUUUGGCAAAGCUUCUGUCGGACAGAGCAGCUUUGGAAAAGCUUCUGUCGGACAGAGUAGCUUUGGAAAGGCUUCUGUUACCUCGUUCGGAAAUACAUCAACUGCAAAUUCAUUUGGAAAAGCAUCUGUUGGAUGUGCUUCAUCUUACAGCCCAGUGUCAUAUGCAGCAAGUAAAAGUGGAACUUUACCAAGAAACAAUCAUACGGCACCAGUUGGUCUUACCCCUGUAAGCCCGACUCCUUCGAACGCCGAUAGCCAAUUAGAAUUCUUGUUCAAGAGCUUAGCUAAAGAGUCGCUUAGUGGUAUAAGUAAAGAUGAUAAGAGGAACGAAAAUACGGAGUCAGAUACAGAAGAUGAUUGUGUUUCAAAGUGCCUACCUGCUGAAUUACCCAAUAAUAUUUCCAAGAUUAGUGGUGCAGCGAAACCUUUACCACCUGGACAAAUAAAAUGCAACAUUCUGAAAGCUAAAGUUGAAGAGGAAAUGCAGAGUCAUAAACUGACUAAUCAAAUGUUUGUACAUGCCAAAGAAGAAGAAACUUCUUUGAGUGCAGCUACUUUUAUAUCAGUUGGUGGCGACAAAUUAACUAUAUCUGUAAGCGGCCCUUCUAAUGUGUCUCCAUCUUUGACUAAUUCCAAUCCAAAAUCUUCGAAUAUAUUGGAAAAAGAAGCAACUGAAGAUACCGCAUCUAAAGUAGAGGAGAAAAAUUUAAAGCGAUGUCCAACACCAGUGACUGUUACAUUUUUUGGUCAGAACGAGGGGAGACUAGAACUUUGUCAUGUAGAGGAUGAAAAAGUCAAUUCGAAUCCAUUCAGCAAUUAUUUGUAUGAUAGUGAUAAGGGUAAUCCAUUCCAUUCGAUAAAUCCAUUCCAUCCCAACAAUCCAUUUUGUGACGAUAAAAAAUAUGAUGAAGAAACGGCUGAAGUUGAUGGAUCUAGAGAACUGGAGGAAAAGAAGGUUAAAAAAGAACCAGAUGCAACCAACUCCAAAAUACCUACUCCACUGAGUCCGACCCUGAGUAAGGUAUCGCCGUGGCUGGUUUCGUCAGAGGUCGUUUCAUCUCCUGUAUCGAAAGUCAACACAACAGAAACUGCAAUAAUAAGGAAAUCUGUGAUCACAACGCAACUUUGACAAUACUUUUCCAAUUCUUCCUCUGAAGUGUCAGCGUGCCUUAUGAAAUAGAAUAAGAGAAAUAAUUGUAAUUUAUACAUUUUUAUAAAGUAAUUUAUAUAAGAGAUUCCAUUUUAAACAGAUCUGAUCUAUAGUUUAUUCUAUUUGUAGGCAUCUGUACAACUCGUUAAAUUUGUCACAUUGUGAUAAUGCUACAAAAUGAGUUGAGAUCCAUAAUAGCUAAUUGCAGAAAUAAAUGUUAUCUAGUUCUGACGUAGAAUUCGCUGAGUAACCGUAGUGGGAGUGUGAUUAGUGAUUACGAAUUGAGUCGUUAGCACCGAUACUCAAGAUGAAUUAUGUUUUACUAGGAACAUUUC